AAACCUGCUCGCUCCAUAAUUCCAAGACCAGAACGACCUUGCCCAUAUUCAAAGACGUAAACACCCCUAUGCUUCUUUAUUUCUGUAUCCGCUAAAUCUCGUAGGGGUAUUAUUGUCUUGUAAGUUUGUCACCGUGCCCUAAUUCGCCGUUGCAGCAACAGCCUCACAAGACCAGAAGCUAGAAAACAAAACUCGAAAGCAAGCCUAGGUUUCCUUCUUUCUCUUAUUUUUAUCGAUUUUAGGGUUAGGGUUUUCGUCUUUGGUAUUCGCUUUUAUUAGAGAUCCGCGAGAGAUUGGAAUUGGGGGGGAUUGGCGAUGGGAGUGCCAGCGUUCUACAGAUGGUUAGCGGAGAAGUAUCCGCUGGUUAUAAUGGACGUUAUCGAGGAAGAACCGGUGGUUAUCGACGGCAUCUCGAUUCCGGUUGAUACGAGUAAACCUAACCCCAACAAACUCGAAUUCGAUAAUCUUUAUCUCGACAUGAACGGGAUCAUUCAUCCUUGUUUCCACCCCGAGGACAGACCUUCGCCGACAACUUUUGAUGAAGUAUUUCAGUGCAUGUUUGAUUACAUUGAUAGAUUGUUUGUUAUGGUCCGUCCUCGGAAGCUUUUAUUUAUGGCCAUCGAUGGCGUUGCCCCUCGGGCCAAAAUGAACCAGCAGCGCUCUAGGCGAUUUAGAGCUGCAAAAGAUGCUGCAGAGGCGGCAGCUGAAGAAGCGAGGCUACGAGAGGAGUUUGAGAGGGAGGGCAGAAGGCUUCCUCCUAAAGAGGAAUCACAACUUUUUGAUUCAAAUGUUAUUACACCUGGCACUCCAUUUAUGGCUGUUUUGUCAAUUGCUUUGCAGUACUAUAUCCACCUUAGAUUAAAUUAUGAUCCUGGAUGGAAAACUACCAAGGUUAUUCUCUCUGAUGCAAAUGUUCCUGGUGAAGGAGAACAUAAAAUUAUGUCAUACAUUCGGCUCCAAAGGAACCUUCCUGGUUUUAAUCCAAAUACACGCCAUUGCCUGUAUGGUUUGGAUGCUGAUUUAAUUAUGUUGGCCUUGGCCACUCAUGAAGUUCAUUUUUCAAUCCUCCGAGAGGUUGUCUUUACCCCUGGACAAGAUAAAUGCUUCCUGUGUGGUCAGAUGGGCCAUGUAGCAGCAGAUUGUGAAGGAAAGGCAAAGCGGAAGGCUGGAGAAUUUGAUGAGAAAGGUGAUGGAAAAGCUGUGGCCAGAAAGCCUUACCAGUUUCUGAACAUAUGGACACUUAGGGAGUAUCUGGAAUAUGAGAUGAGAAUCCCCAACCUUCCUUUUGAAAUGGACUUGGAGCGUGUUGUGGAUGAUUUUAUAUUCAUGUGCUUCUUUGUUGGCAAUGAUUUUUUACCUCAUAUGCCCACACUAGAGAUUCGUGAGGGUGCAAUCAACUUGUUAAUGGCAGCAUACAAGAAGGAAUUGAGGUCAUUGGGUGGUUAUUUGACCAAUGGAAGCAAGCCAAAUUUGAGCAGGGUAGAGCAUUUUAUCCAGGCUGUGGGAUCCUAUGAAGAUAAAAUAUUCCAGAAAAGAGCACGAUUGCAUCAGCGUCAAGCAGAAAGAAUCAAGCGGGAAAAAGCACAAGCUAGAAGAGGAGAUGAUGUGGAGCCUCAAAUUCAACCUGAUUCUCUGGUUCCAGUUGCUAGAUUUCAUGGUUCCCGUCUUGCCUCGGGCCCUUCACCUGCACCAUUUCAGCAAACAAUGGAGUCUAAUGGUAAUGGAUCCUCUGGUCAGCCACACAAAGUGCGACGUUUAUCGUCAGGGGCCACUAUUGGUGCUGCUAUUGUCGAAGCAGAGGAUAGUAUUGAAACAGAAGUACAUGAGAACAAAGAAGAAUUGAAAGCAAAACUUAAGGAGUUGAUCCGUGACAAAUCUGAUGUUUUUAACUCCAAAAAUCACGAGGAAGAUAAGGUUUGCAUAUGAUAUUAUCUAUUCAUA